UCGAGAGCGCGCAUUGUUAUAGUUGGCGUAUUCGAGUGGAUUAGACGUUGGCGUAAUGGCGUGAAAUGCGAUAAAUAGGAAUGUGGUGAAAUGAAAUGGAGCAAUUCGAAUCAAUACAGUUAAUUCGUAAGAAUGGCAAAAUCUAGGUGCAGAAUCCAAAGCGACGUAAGCCUAAAUGUUGUUUACAAAAAGAACAGACGAUUGCGGGUUAAAACUCUUAAAUCCCGAUGGAAGAGAAUCGGAAUGCGUCCCGAAUUAAAUCAACUCGAUAAGGAUAAAACAGAUGAAUAGAAAUUGGCGGACGAUUUGGGACGGGAGCGGAGUCGAGGAAGACUCUCGACGCAGGAGCGGUCCGGGAGAAUCGUCCAUUCGGAUUAAAGGGGUGCGAGUGAUUUUCCGGAAGACAAACCCGGAGAAGGCGACAAUCCGCCUUAGCUUUGUGUUUGCGGCGAAAUCCGAAGCGAUUACGUUUGCCGGAAUCGUCGGAACGGCGGCGGUGGGAGGCGGAAGACCGGAAGCCGUGACGAUCGAUCCGACGCGACGCGAGAGUUGUAGUUCCGGCGGCGGAAGACCCGUCGGCAGUCGAUCUCUGGCCGGACUCGAAACGGUAUUUUCUUCGGUCGCACCGCCGACGGAGGAUGGUUUGGAGAUGCCGAGCCCUUCUCCGACUGUCCCUCCUCCCUCUCCCGCACCCUCCACUCAGUCGCGCCUGCGGAAAUCGCACGGACAACGAUUCCACCGGCGAUUCCCCCAAGUGGACCCCGAAGAACCCCUCUUGGACUACUAUUCGUGCGCCCUUCUGGCCGACAUCCUGCUUCAGGGUCAGCUCUACGUCACCGAGAACCACUUCGCCUUCUACUCCAACAUCUUCGGACACAAGACUCAGAUCCUGAUUCCGGUGCGAGAAGUGGUGGAAGUGUCGAAAGAAUGCACGGCCAGGAUCAUUCCGAACGCCGUGGGAAUCAGCACCGAGGAGGAAAAGGUAAGGUCGAUUUUGGACCCGCCUCGAGGUCGUCCCACUCAUCGUCCGUUUUCGUGGCAGUACGUUUUCGGAUCUCUGUUGUCCAGGACGUCCACCUUCCAAUUGAUGAGAAGCAUCUGGCUCUCCUCCGCCGACGCCGAGUUGAGCGCCGUGGAAGACUCGGAAAGCGGAAACACGUCGUCUAUGCUUCCGAACGUGACGGAAGACGAAGACAGCGUGGCUUCGGAAAAUCAUCUUAGACGAAUGUCGACCGUCUCCGGAAUCGCCUGCCGCCGAAUCUCGGAAGUGUCGCUUCCCACGGUCCGUCCCAACACGGAUUCCGAGAUACGUCCGCUCCGCUGCCGCCGGUCGGGCUCCAGAGGUUACUUGGGCAAGGCGGAAGAAAUGGUUUCCGGCCUGUACAGGUUACCCGGGACCACCUUGCUGCUGCUGCUGACCACGGUGCUGUUGGCCCUCCUGUUACUCUCCGCCACCGUCCUCCUCUACCGGAUAGCCGCGGUCCACCGCCGAGUGGCCAUGAUGGAAGACAGACAACGACGACGCCUCAGGAACGCCGAGGGCCCGGAUUCGACGGCGGGAAUUCGAAUCCCGAAGACUCCCUUCGGCACGGACGAGAGAAGCGAGAGGAAGAAGCCCCUUCCCCCUUCCUGGCCAGAUCCUCCCGCUCCCCCCUCCCCACCCCUCUUCUCGCCCGAUCCGGAAUCCGGCGGGGAAGAGGCCGGACGGACUUCCGCCGGAUCCGAGCGGCCCACCCGCUGUCGGUCUUAAAAGGGAUUCCGUUCGGAAUUCCAGAGGACAAGCGCAAGUUUUUGUCAACAUUUAAUAUAAUAUAUAUAUAUAUAUAUAUUUAUAUUUAUACUGACACCAUAUCAAAUAAAAAUAUUGGAAUGCACUAGGAUUUACAGUUCGG